AUAUAGAUAUCGAUAUAUAGAGAUAUAGAUCGAUCAUCAACCUACAUCUGCCGCCUCGGUUGGCCGCCUCAGUCGGUGGUGGAUCUAGUUACAUACUACCACGUUGUGUAUGAACAGACUGGCUUAGAACUUUUCCUGAACAACACCUAUAUGGCUAUACAGGCUUAAUAUACUGUAUGUUUAUAAUAUACCAGGAUGUGAAAUUCGAUGACGUCGAUAUUGUUGUAUGAAGUUGAACCACACUUUAUCCUUAUUUCAGUACAUCUAACUUGCUUCUGCCUUCUUGGAAUAUCAAAGAACCAUGGUGACGAAAAAUGGUAAGCCGAUAAUAUCACUUUGCUUGGCAAUACUUUCUGGUUUUCUAAUCGCCGGGCUAUUCAGAUUCGAUCAUGCUCGCUUCUCGGCAGCGAAUAACUUAAGACACCCCCUAAUCGCUCAUUACAUGUCAGAAACAAACGCGGAAGAGGAUGGAAUUAAUGAAAACUCACCAGAAGUUCAUAGGGAAAGGUCUCCCCUAUUUCAAAAUAGAGCUGGACAUUCGAAAGAAAGAUUACCUUGCUACCGUCAGAUCCAAGUAUGGAGGGGCAAAAGUCGCCCUUCAACGCCGAUAAAAUCAGAAUGCCCAGGUCUGAAGUGUGGGAUAAGUUUUGUUCAGGACACAAGUUAUAAGACUUUGGAGAAGAGUGAUGCAGUAGUUUUCUUUCAUAGAUCGCACUGGGAUUGGACAGAGAUGCAGAGUAGACGGCCACCAAAUCAAGCUUGGGUUUUUUAUUCUUUAGAGAGUCCUCUGCACACGGGGGAAAACUUAAUUCCACCUGUUGAACUUGAUCGUAUAUACAACUUUACGAUGUCGUAUAGGCCGUCGUCAACAUUUCAUAGUCCGUAUGGUCUUUACGAUAAAUCAAUACCACAAAUGUCAUCAGGUGAAAGUCGGAAUUGGGCAAAGGAAAAAAGCUCUUUGGUAGCAUGGGCUGCAUCCAAUUGCGGUGUAGCAUCCUGGCGCCGUCAUGAUUUUGUAAAGACACUUGCAAAUCACGUCAGAGUCGAUAUGUAUGGUCCUUGUGGAACAUUGGCUUGCGACAGAUAUUCAGACGAUUGCUGGAAUAAAAUCAAGGCUCACAAAUUUUAUCUAGCAGUGGAGAACAGCGAAUGCAGGGACUACAUCACGGAGAAAUUAUGGUAUAACGCGCUCAUGAAUGACAUUGUACCCAUCGUCUAUGGUCCACCGCGGGAAGAUUAUGAGCGCGUAGCGCCACCAAAUUCUUUCAUACAUUUACAAGACUUCAGUAGCUUUCGUGAACUGGCAGAUUAUAUUAAUCUUCUAGAUUCCAAUGAUACCUUGUACAAUUCAUAUUUUGAAUGGAAAAAACAUGGUUUGGUUAGAAGAGUAGGGGAAAAUUUAGCUCUAAAUCCACCAUUUCUGUGUAAAUUGGUCUCGAAGAUAAUUGAUCAUGAACAAAAACUACAAAGUUUUCACCAGGAAGAAGUGCACCCUUCAAUCCACGAUUAUUGGUCAACUUCGUGCCACAAACCGACUGGAUUUCCUCAUGAUUUUUAAAAUAUGUAGAACAUAAUACUAUCAAUGGUAAUGUCGCUUAUGAUGGUGAUUUGUGCUUAUGGCGACACUGACGACGGUGAUGACGAAGUAAUGAAAUGUCGAUCACUUUCCUUUUUUUUUUUACAAAGGGUGGCCACCUAACGUAUUAGUUGUAGCUUCAGCAAGAAAUAGAAAGUUUCCGCACCGGGAAACAGAACGCACCCAUGAACAUAAAAACUGCAUGUAUAGAAAAUGCCCGUCAAAUGACAAUAAACAGCUGUGAGGUCAUUGUCGAAAAUUUGGCGAACCGGAGCAGCAGAUCGUCGUAAGCUUCAAAGCCGACGAAAAAUUGCAAAUAUUUCGUUUGUCCAGACUCCACCACGAAACCGCUGUUUUGAUUAACCGAUUUUGCGUGUUUUCUAGUAAAAAUAAUAUCCUAAAAUAGUAUCAUAAGCAUAAAACAUCUCUUUUCUUAAGCAUAACAUUUGAACUAGGAACACAAUUCACAACUCCCGAUUACAUCAUAAUUUUAAAAUACUUUGAUAAAUUUAUUGAAUUGUUAUAGGGGAUAAUCUGAAUUUAAUUUAUACAUGAUUAUUGUAAGAUUUGAAAAUAUUUAUUCUCCUGUUAUUUUGGAUCCAUCAUCUCAUUUUACUGUAUAUUGAGUAAAAAAUACAUCUUGAAAAAAUGACAAGUAAAUUAUAAUCAUUUUCAUGAGCACAGGACUGUUGGGCAUUCUGUCUGACAGAUUACCCAACAGUCCUAUUUACAACUUCUCUACGUCAAAUUACACUUAACAUGAUAAUUGUUUAAUAAACACUUAUAUAAAUAAAAAUGUUGGUUCCGUUUUGUAAUGAAAUUUGUGACAAUGUAUGUGACAAUUCAGUGCAUUCACAAUUUUCUUUGACGUAAAUCAAAUUGCGUAGCAAGGUCUAAACAUAUACCACGAAGUAAAUGGUAUCAAAUUAGAGGAUAAAUAUUCAUGUUUAGAGGAGAAAGAUGUGAAAAAAAUGACCAAAAAAUUAUUUAUUGCAUUAUCUGCUUGCUUAGAAUAUUCAUCAUCUUCGUUAUCAGUACAAGCAGUACCAGGAAUCGUUAUUGAAAUAUUGUCCUGAAAACCGUUUGGAAGUAUUUUCAUGUCUCACCAGGAUAAAAGAUUAUUCCCUUUUCUCUAUUCGAGGGUUGUAAUAGUUAGAUUUCACAACAGAGAUAGCUUGAGCGAUUUUAUUUCUUGAAUAUAUCCUAAGAGUGUGGUUCGGUUUUUUAAGGUAAUAACAAAAUUCAAAUCAGAACCGUUUUUUUAAGGCGGUCCCGCCAUAAAAGCCUUUAAAGAAAUGCAUUUUUCAUGUCAUGAUGUUAGGUGUUGUAAGUAUGAAAUUGAAACCUUCCACAAGUGGUAUAUGUAAUUGUCUAUGUUAAUUAUAUUCAUAUUCAAGGCAUUAUGAUCUACCUGAAAACAUAAACAUUGAUCAUGUAUCAAGAAUGUAUUCCUUACUCACGUAGAGUAUAAAACUCUUGAGAAGUUUUGUUUUCGUCGCUUAAGUAACUUCAAUCACGUGAAUGAAGAUUAAUGAAUAGUAUACUUACUUGCUUAAAGGUCAAGUCCACCCCAGAGAAAAGUUCAUUUGAAUAAAUAGAGAAAAAUCAAACAAGAAUAACGCUGAAAAAUUCAUCAAAAUCAGAUGUAAAAUAAGAAAGUUAUGACAUUUUAAAGUUUCGCUUAUUUUUCACAAAACAGUUAUAUGCACAAUCCAGUGAUAUGCAAAUGAGAGAGUCGAUGAUGUCUCUCACUCACUAUUUCUUUUGUUUUUUAUUGUUUGAAUUAUACAAAAUUUCAAUUUUUACGAAUUUGACGAAUAGGACCCUCUUGAUUGAACUACAAAAUGUUAAAACAAUGGAACCCACACCUUCAGGGAGGAAUGAUUUUUUUUCACAUGGCAAUGACAUGAAUGAGGAGAAAAUUAAAAUAUUUCAUAUUUCACAUAAUAAAAUACAAAAGAAAUAGUGAGUGAGUGAUGUCAUCGGUCCCCUCAUUUGCAUACCGACCAGGAUGUGCAUAUAAUAGUUUUGUGGGGGGGGGGGAUGUCCCUGAGAAGCGGGGAUGCACCCCCAAGAUUUACCUGGGGGUGCGGCGUGUAUUAUUCUCUAGCACCCACUGGGAUUCUAGUAUAGGUGUGAGAAAUUGAUAAAUGUAAUACAAAAGUACCCCCCUUUCUCGGGACCAAUAUGACCUUCAAUUUUUAGUGAAAGUUUUGUUUUUUGCUUGUCAAUUUUACGUCAGCACCCCCAGUUAAAAUAUCGUUCCCAUGGCCCUGCCCAACCCCCGUGUAUUUUUUCACUUAUCCUCUAAUCCUAUAUAGGGACUUUGAGCUCAAUCAGCACCGGCCCCAUCAGCUCAUGAUAGAUUCUGAGCUCAAGAAUCAGUGACUGAAAAGAUAUUUCUUUAUUCGGAUCGAAUAUUUUAACAGAAUGUUCUCGAUUGCAUAAUGCUAAUCCAUAGCAGGGGCCUGUUGCAGAAAGAGUUGCGUUUAAAAACAACAAAAAAUCAAUCGCACAUCACUAUACCGUGCAUCCCAUUGGUUUAAAGUCAAUUUCAUGUUUGAUUAAAGAUGUCAUGCCAAUCUUCUUAAACCUUCAUUUUCCUUUUGAAUUUAAGUAUCGGCCCGCAAGUUGUGGGCCGAAAAUCUAAGAAGGAAAUAAAAAAUAGUGAAUGAAAACGUGAUUGGGUGCGUAAUUUAUUCAACGCAAUAACGAAACUUGGAUUGAGAGGUUUUCUGAUAGAAUCUGAGAGAAGGCUCAUCUCUCAAUGCUUAAUGAAUCAUAUCGCAUGAAAUUCAAGCCAGUUGUAUGAAAAAAUGCUAAUUUACAGAAAGUGGUUUAAACAAUGCCCUAGAUCAUUGUGAAAACCAAAUCAGUUAUAUCCACGUUUUAUAAAUAUUAAAAGUAUAAUGCACUCAAAAUUCAAAAGUUCAUAGCGAAAUAUUAUAUCAUCAUUGCUGUCUGAGCUUGAAAUCAGAGCAAAGAGUCCUGUCAUUGUUCAGUUUUCCAUAGAUUGAAGGUUGCAAUCAAGUAAUUGCAGUAGACACGGUAGAUCAAGGCAUUGAUAUUCCAACAAGUAAAGUCCAUGAAGCAAUUCGGUAGUGUGCCUGUGACAAGAGAAAUCUCUUGUCACAGGCACACUGGUAUCAUUUUAGCGCAAUAUCGAGUAAUGUAUAUUGACAAUAUACAUGGUAUUUUGGUAAAAAGUUAUUUUUUCCAUAAAAAUUCAAAAAUGGCCGUCAUAAUUGCAAAUUUUGAAUGGUCAUCUGCAAUGAAAACGUAUAAAUUCAGUCGCUAUAAGAAUAAGAUAUGGUGCCACAUAUGUAAUUCCCCUUAUCAUGCUCAUAGAAAAUACUGGAUAAACCGUAUAAAUUAUUAUUAUUUUGUUGUAUUUAAAUGAUGUUUUAUUGGUCACUUCAAGGUACAUUCAUUCAAUACAGUUGAACAAAUACAAAUGAAACAUUAUAAGAAAUUACAUAACAGUUACAUAACAUAAGUGGAUAAUCACUGUAUCAUGUCUCGCCACCUGCGUUCGUGGACACUCCUUUUGUUAUUUCGAAUAGCUAUAAUCUAUUAUUAUUAUAAUUAUUGUUAUUUUGUUUGGCGUCACCUGUGCCUGCCUGGGAGGCGAAAAGCGAACUGAAUCACUAAUACCCGCAGGUCUCUCCUCCCGCGUAAAUGUGGACCAUUACACCGGGGUUUCUGCCUACUCAUAUACGAAUAGUGUAAUAAUAAUGAGUACAACAUGCUAUUAAAAAAAAACACCUUAACAAUAUAAAAGACAAAAUUGCAACUCUUCUAUCCUGUUUUACUUCACUGUAAUUGCACUACAUGAAACUGGCUGCGUAUGUAAAUAAAGCAUUCAAAUAUCAAUUAAA